AUGUCCUCUUUCAAGCAGCCCGGGACGCACGAGUUCCCCGGCGCGGAGUUCCGCACGACGGUGGAAGAUGACGGACUCGACGCCGACUAUAGCAUGAUCGGCGACUACCCAGAGGAACCCGACUAUUAUGUCCAGCUGGGCCUUGCGCGCGAUCCGCCCCCAACAGACGCCGAGAUCCGUUCCGCCUACCGCAACUUAACCCUCAGCUUCCACCCCGACAAGCAGCCGCCGCAUCUCCGCCAUGCGGCCGAGAGUCAGUUCAGACAUAUCCAGGAGGCGUAUGAGACCCUCAUCGAUCCAAAUAAGCGCAUUGUGUAUGAUAUAUCGGGUGCAGCGGGCGUGCGGCAGGAAUGGGGUCAGCGCGGAGUCAUGGGGAUUGGUGGGGAGGCACAACGGCUGGAUGUUGGUGUUAAGGCGAUGUCGCCGGAUCAGUUCCGGCGCUGGUUUUUGAAGACGAUGAGAAAACGGGAGCGGAAAGCUGUCGAGAGUUUAGUUUCCAGCAAGGGCGGUAUUACCCUGGGAAUCAACGCGGCAUCUAUGGUUUCCGUCGACGAGGACGACGAUGUGCAGUUCCAUAUACCUUCACCGAAAGUGACAUCAUAUGGUGUUUCGUAUAGUUUCAAGACGCCGGUGUCAUUACCACAGCUUUGGGGCACGGCAGAGAAUGAGGAAGACACCUCGGGUGUGGAACCGGAUUCAGGGGAAGAUGUGCCAGACGAGGAACAAGAGCACAUGCAUGUGAUUUGGAAUGCGGGUGUAACUGGAGGUUUGGCUCGCCCGAUCAAGAAAGUCGCUGUUGAGUACCAGGAUGGGACAGAAGGGGAAGAAAGGAUCGAAAUGCCACCGCUCCUGGCAAGUCAGAAUUUCCAAUUUGGGGCCACUGUGACUCCCAAUUUCCAAAACCUGGUAGGCACCAAGGGAAUCUGGGCCAAACAUCCUUUCUCUCUCCUCAAGGAUUCCCAAAUCAGCUUCAAUGCUCUUCUUCUCCCUGCCCCAACCUUGAAAGCAAACAUCGCCCGGGCCUUCCAGCCAAUCCCCGGCACCAAGCCGUUCCAGGUCAGCGUGACCAGUAUACAUACGCGCUCUUUGGGGGAAACGGCGCCUUCUUUUGAGAUUCAAGUUUCCAGAGAAAUUGCCAAGCAGAAGAUCGGUACCAUGACAUGGAACAGUGGUGUCGUUCAGUGGCCCGAAUUUCUUCUCAGCCAGUUCCCAUCAAUCGGAAUGGGAGCUCAGAGUGCCAUUGCAUCUGCUAAUGAGGUCAGUAACCUGCAGUUCGGUCUAAUCUCGCUCCCCAAGCAGGGCCAAGCUGCAAUCGAUUUCGAUGACGACGACGAGGAGAGUGGAGAAAUGGACGAGGAUGUCCGUCAUCUGCUCAAGAAAAAACGCCAAAUCGACCAAUCUGCCGAGGCAUGGCAGACCUAUCUUCAGGUCACUCCCGGCGGAGGCGCUUUUGUCUUGAGUUAUUCUCGAAACCUCUUCUCCGGGAAACCCGCUGAUGAUCCGGUCAAGACUGAAUGGAGCUCUGAAGGAUACUUCCCGAUGCCGAGCAUGGACCAGGCCCGUGCUGUGCGACUCGAGAUCUCGAGUGUUCUUGGGUUAGACAUGACUCUUAAUUGGACCAUUAAGGGUGUUCGUCGGGUUGGCGAGUACACGCGUGUUGGGCUCGGUAUUGGCAUCGCAGACAAGGGUAUCAUGAUGACAGUUUCAUGGCAUCGACUCGGUCAGAAUAUUAAUAUUCCGAUUAUUGUUUGCCCGGCUAGUGAGGCAACAAGCGGAGCCGCAGCGCUGACCGCUAUAUUCCCUUGGCUGGCCUACUGCGCGAUUGAGUUUGGCUAUAUUCGCCCACGCGAUAGAAAACUCCGCCGGCAGGCAGCUGCUAAACGCCACCGUGAGCUCAAGAAGUUGAUCCCUAAGAAACGUGAAGAGAGUCUCCAGGCCAUCGAGCUCAUGACCGAUCAAGUGCAAAGGCGCCAAGCGCGAGAGGAAGCACAAGACGGUCUGGUCAUUCAGAAGGCAGAGUAUGGUUAUAUACCGCCAGUAAACAAGAAACCCAAAAAUGGGUUCGCGGAGCCUCGGGUGAUUGAUGUCACGAUCCCUGUGGCUGCGCUAGUUAACCGGGGUCAACUGGUGAUUCCCGGAAAAACCAUCAAGUUUCAAAUUUUGGGAUUCCACGACCCUGCGCCAUUGCUGCCCAAACGGUUGAAGAUCUGGUAUAGAUUCCAGGGGCGCGAUCAUUUUGUCGAGGCAGGUGAUAAAGAGGACAUCGCAUGCCCCAUGCGUACGCACUUUAUAUCCGAAUGA